CCCUCCCAACAUAACCGCCAACCUGACCCAGACACACCCACCCAACAUUACCGCCAACCUGACCCAGACAAACCCUCCCAACAUAACCGCCAACCUGACCCAGACAAACCCUCCCAACAUAACCGCCAACCAGACUCAAACACGCCCUCCCACCGUGAUUGCUAACCUGACUGCGACACCAUCAGGCUCUAAUACCUUGAACAACAGCAACGUCAAUAAUCUAUCACUAGAUAUCACUGGCAGGGAUAACUGCAGGAGGGAUAGAGCAUGUUUCUCUGCUCCACCUACUUGUAAUCCAGGUGCACAAGAUUCCUGUUAUUUCCUAUCUGCAAAAGGAGUAAGCGGAAGUGCAGAUAAUUUUACCUUUGAACUCAGUGGCGAGUCAGAUGGUUACAUUGGAGCUGGCCUCUCUCGAGACAACAGUGGUCAAGGAGCCACUGUCUAUUCUUGCGCCAACAUCAAUGGUGCACUGAAGUUCUUCCGUUCCACACUGAACCAUCAAAGACUGGCUCAGGAUAACACUUUCAUCCCUGGAAGUUUCCGUGGUUCGGUGAAUAGAGGAAAGAUUCAGUGCAUUUUCAAUGCUGCAGGUCUCGGCAGCAUCACUCGUGCGGCAACCACAGACACUUAUGUCUUCUUUUUAACAGGCAGUGUCUCAAAUGGCUCUCUGGAUUCUCCAGUCACUAGAAUGACUACAAAUGGGUCAGUGGACUUAAGCAACCCUAACAGCACAGAUGUUUCAGUAAUAACACCCAGUACAAAUGCCACCACAACAGCCCCGAACAUCACCACAUCUAGUUCCUCUUUAGCAUUAAACACCACUACAGCCCCGAACACCACCGCAUCUAAUUCCACUGCAUCCUCAAAUACUACUGCAUCAUCAAAUGCCACUGCAUCUACUGCCUCUGGAUUAUCUACAGCUAAUAAUGUUACAACAAAUGAUAAGGUCACCAAGGACAACUGUAAAAAGGACAGGGCAUGUUUCUCCACUCCAGCCAACUGUGAUCCAUCAAGCUCAAGUAGCUGCAUUUUUGCCUCCACAAGAGUGGUGAACGGAAACUUAGACAAUCUCACUUUUGAGCUCAGUGGGGAUUCAAAUGGUUACAUCGCAGUUGGCCUGUCUCGAGACAAGAAGGAGGGUGAUGAUGACACUGUCUACUCUUGUGCCAAUGACAAUGGUGUGGCGAAGUUCAUUCGUGCCACUCUGAACAACAACAUUCUGACUCCAGAUAAGACUUUUAACCCUGGAUCCUUCCGUGGCUCUGUGAACGGCACAAGGAUUCAGUGCAUUUUUGUAGCUGCAGGUCUCAGCAGCAACGCCCGUGCGGCAAACACAAAUGCUUUCCUCUAUUUCUUCACUGGCAACUUUACAAAUGGCACUUUAGGGUCUCCAGUCACACGAAUGUUUACAAAUUCAUUGGUUGAUCUAACCAACACUAGCAGCUCAGACGUUGCCAUAAUAACACCCACUACAAGCACAGAUAAUACUACCACUAUUACGACUACUACAGCAAAACCUGCUACUACAGCAGGGAGCAAUGCACUGCAUCAUGCUGCAUCUCAGGCUGCUCUGGUAAUUCUCUCAGGGAUCCUUGCAGUGCUCCUGUUGUAAGGAUUCUGCCAACACAUUUGCUUUCUGAAACUGGUCGAUGAGCACUGAACGCUUGAUGAACCCAACACCAAAGUAUAUGUAAUUCAGCAUAUUUAUAACUGUGCAAUAAUGCGACUCUGGGAACAAUGAAGAAAGAAGCAGAAAAUAUGGGGAAGAGGGCAUUACAUUAUUUAUUUAAUCUUAGUGUUUGUGUGUGAGAGAUUGUGUUUAUGAAUGUUUUUGCGAGCGUUAGUGUUUGUAUUCUGCUAAUGUACUGCUAUUUAAAAUCAGGCUCCUGCACAGAGAGGGCUGAUGAAAAUUAAAAUCAGUAUAUUAAUAUAAUUGUGCAAGUGUGAGCCAUCAUGUGGCUAAAAUGAUCUAAGAUAAUUGUUUUCAAAUGUCUUAAUUUAUUGUUACUGUUGCCUCAAACCAUUGAUUUCCUGUAAGUUAUAAAUAUAGUCUUUUUUUUUUAAUAUGCAUAAUAAAAUGUUCAAGUAAAAAAAA